CAAAUCUUUAUUAUUUAAAAUUAUUAAUUGACAUAUAUAUAUUUUAAUCACAUUAGAUAAUUUCGUAGGUUUUAUUUAAAGAAAGAAUUAAUAUAUACUAAUUUCAAUUUGAUAAAUGAAUAGUUCAUAAUUAACAUACUAUAUAAUAUAACAUUCUCUAUCAAUUUAAUUUUGGACUAACAAAAUCCUCAAUUGAUUCUCAAGCCACCACGUAAACAAAAUUAGUAUUAUAAUACAUGAUAACUCAACAUGACAUUUUUUUAAUUAGUACAAAAUACAUGUUAUAAUUUUUUAAAUGUUUUUUUAUUAAUAUAUAGCGGACUUGUUUGAUAUUUGUACAAAUGCCCUCAACUAAAGAAAUAUGUAUAGUGAAAAUUGCGUGUCUCCCCAAUUAUAUUUGAUCUUAGAUCCGCUCCUGUUAGUACUUAGUAGCAACAAAAACAACAGAAUGACAUAUACGUACAUAUUGGUAGAUACAUAUGCAUUAAGAUAUUUGAAGGCAUGACCUUUGAUUUCUACAAAUAAAAUACGCAAAACAACGGGUAUAUGUUAUUCUCAUAAACCAUAAAAACAAAACGAUAUAAUUGAAUUUUAUACAGUUGUUCACAACCACUAAAAGUUAUCCUUUUAUGGAUUGAUGAGGCAACAAGCACUUUUCUAUGACUUGUUUUAAAAGCUUAAUUAUUUGAUUGUGUUAGCAAACACUGAUGAAAAGUACACUUACUGCUUUCCAAAUGUGUGAAAAUAGAAAUAUGUAUCUUUCAACAUCGCAAGCGCUAACAAAUGGUCAGAUUGAAACAAUUGGUUGUGACAUUUCGCUUCAAUUUUGUUUAUAAUUUUGUAAUAGUCUAACUCUUUUGACUUUAUAAUUACUACCUAAACCCCAGAAAGUGUUCCGAAAAUCCUAAAAGAAAGAAAGAAACUGUUAUGAUUUUAGUUUCUCUACAACUUCGAUCGAUGUACAUGUAAGAUACAUUAUAGUAUAAUUUUCUCAAUGCCAAGGAGUCUUUUGUAGUCUCCAAUCUCCAUAAUAUUUAAGUGUGCAGCAUGCACAUGUUAAAUUGUUAAUGCUUAAGUUCAAAGUUCAAACCACAUUAGGUAAAAUUAUUGCUAACUUUUAUUCUGUGUUUUUCUGUUCUACUUGAGGUAUAAAUGAUGGUUCAAUAUUUUCCAUAAAUCAUAUCUAUUUGCUUUUGUUUCGCAAUAAUAUGAUUAUAGAUUCAUAUAAAUCGGGUAAGUAGACAAGGAAAAAAUUAAAGAAUAAUUUUCACUUAAGAUCUGAAACUGAUUUUUUCAUCCAGAGAGGUAUAUUUUUGGACAAUAAAUGAUUAUAUUAAUCUAAAAGUUUAAUGGGUUUAAAAAUGUACGACCGGAGGUAACUUCAGGUGCCAGUAAAACUUUGAGAUUAUACAAAUAAGAUGUUAGAGCAUUUCUAAUGUACACAUCUAUAAUUUUCUCUAAAAUAGAGAUCUUUAUUAUAAAUGUGAAAAUACUCCAAUCUAUGUCUAUACAAUAAAGGAAGAUAAAAAUAUAGAGAAAAAUUAUUUUUUCCUCUAUAUUUAGAGGUAAAAAUAACAAAUCUCUUUAUUUUUCAUGUAAAUAGAUAUAUAUUGGAGCAUUUUCAUUUUCAUAAUAGAGUUUUUCUAUUUAAAAAAAAAUAUAGAGUGAAAAUAAAAGUGGAUUAGAGAUGGUCCUACCGGUUUUUAAUUCAAUGCACACAUAAGCAAGUAAAAAAUAAGUGUAUUUUAUAUUCAGGAAGAUGUGAGUGAAGUUUGACUAGUACUUUAUUGAUAUUUUGUUUUUGUUUCUUUCUGAUAUUUGUGUGGAUGACAAUAAUCUUUGCUCACAAGGAAAGGCUCUUAUUGGUCCAUAUGGACCACUUGCUCUUGUUUCUUCUAUGAGCUCUGUUAUAAAUCGUUACCACGAACGAAUUACUAAGAUUUAAUUGGUCAUGAAUUUAGUUUCGUCAUGAAAUCAAAUCAGCUUUUAGAUUUUAUUUUUCUAAUGUUUGUUAUCCUCGUUUGUCCAAAUCCAUGGAAUGUGUAGAUAAAAAGCUGUACAAUUUCAAAACAAUCCAUUCCCUUUGUAUUUUUUAAUUAUCAACUCACUAUAUACUUGUAUAAUUUACUCAAUUAUAUAUUUAUAUAUGACACUAACUUAAACGAACUAUCUAUCUCGAUGGUUUGUAUAAGACAAAUGAGUAAAUGAUUUCAUGAUCUUAUAAAUGAGAAACCAGAUAAUAAAAAAAAACUUAUACAAGGAGUCACUAAGAUUUGUUAUGGUCGUUGGUAUACGUGUGACUAGAAACGUUACGAUAUCCCAAGAUUGCUUAGCAAUACAAUAUUUAAGGUGAAAGGCGUAGGCACUUUUCAUCACACGAUAUGGCCUAACAUAUGGGAGUGAGAGCCAUUUAACUAAUCACCUACUUAAUGACGCCAAAAGGGAAAAGAGCAAAAAUUAAACUACUUCUCACUUUGUGUAUGGUUCUAUUGCUGGAUUUUUUCCAGACUUUGUCUUUGAAUUGAAUUAGCUGUAAACAGCACGGUCAAACUUUCAGCUGACAAUUCGUAAUCUUCUAGAUGUAUCCAACCAAGUAACCAACCAAUAAUACAUCAUAUGAUCCAAGAAGAUGUUUUUCUACUUGUAAGAAUCAAGAGUAAGGAGGGGACAAAUUAAAGAGAUAAGCACCCUCAAUUUUAAAAAAGGAAUAGUGAAGAUCCUCUUUUAUUAAGAAAUAAUAUGUGUGUUUACACACGCAGCUAGUGAAGGAGAAGAAGUCAGGUUCAACGUUCUCACCUUCGUCUUUUGGUCCCCACUUCGACCGCCACCUUAAAGCUUAAGAUUGAAAUUAAAAGCUAAAUUCUACUUACUCGGGGUUUAUUCUCUUUACCAUUUGCUUUUACAAACGGUAAAUACUGUAAAAACUAUUUUUUUUUCUACAAUGAAACUAAAACAUAAAUCACAAAAUACACGUCGUGAUAAUACACUAGUUCUUGUAUUUUCUGCGUUUGGGACUUUUUAAUCUUAAAACUCUAGAAAUACUUUUUAUAACGUGAAAAAGAAUUAGGUGAAUUGAGAGAACAGAUCAUUGGGUUGGUGUUGAUACUAUUUUUACCAAAUCAGGAUAAUCUAUUGUAAAACCACAUUUAGAUAUUGAUGUGCUUUUCCUACAUUCUAUAAGCCCAUAUGAGGUUUUGUACUGUUAAAAAAAAAAAAAAAACUAUCACCAGAUGAGAUGAAAAAUCGAAUAAUUUGAUUUAAUUUAAUUAUUUAAAUAAAAUAAAAAUUGAAGAUUUACGGCGCUUAUAUAAACUCUCGUUUCAGUCUCUCCCUCCCUCCAAACAAUUCAAUCAAACCAAAAGCAAAACACAGAGAAGAAACAGCAAACUCAUAGAGCGAUCGAGAAAGCGACCGGCGGCGAAGAAACUCUCCACCGGAUUCUUCCGAUGGUGGAAAAGCCAGGGUUUGAGUUCCGUCCGUACGACGAGGAGCUCGUGGGUUUCUAUCUCCGUCAGAAACUUCUCGGAAACCAUAGUCUCGUCGACGGAGUCAUCAGAGAGAUCAAAAUCUGCAGCUUAGAUCCUUGGGACUUGCGCUUUCAAUCGAAGAUCAAAUCGAGAGAUCCUGUUUGGUACUUCUUGUCCCUUAUAGAAAACAACAGGGGUCGACAGAGCAGGACGACGCCUUCAGGGUCGUGGAAACUCACCGGAGACCCAGUGAAUGUCAAUGAUCGGUGGGGUAACUUGACUGGUUUUCGAGGUAAGAUUGGUUAUAAGAGGGUUUUAACGUUCAGCAAGGCGAAAAGCAGCAGCAGCUCCGUAUCCGAGUGGGUGAUGCACGAGCUUCACUACACCCACACCGACCUGCCUGAACACAAGAGGACCACCUAUGUCAUCUGCAGACUAGAAUAUAAGGGUGACGACGUGAACAUCCUCUCUACUCCCACUUUUGCUCCCACUAUGGCCAAUAGUGCAAGCUCUGCGGUGGACCAAUCACUUCAAGGGAAUUCUGGACAUUACAACACUUUGUCCGAGUAUGAUUCAGGAUAUCAGUUUAAUGGAAACUCUGACAUGCAGCAAUCAUUUCAAGGAUAUUCAGAAUAUUUCAACCCUACCUCGGAGUAUGGUUUGGCUAAUCAAAGCAACAACUGGUUUAGCAACCUACAACAACAACAAGUUCCUUACUCUGCCCCAUAUCAAGAUGAUUCUGAUGUGUGGAGGCAGGUUGUUGAAGAAGACUGGCCCUCUUUGAUAGAUGAAAGGACAUGUAUGCGAGUGGAUCUCAUCCAUCACCGCCCUAAAAAGCCUGUCACUGGGAUUUUUGUCGGUGAUAGCAGUGAUGAUGACACUGACUCAACGAUUGGGAAAGGUACUUGGAGCUCGACCGAUAGCGUUGGUAGUAAAGAUGUACCAUACCAUGCUCCUAAAGAUGCUACUCCAUCUUUAAGUACUGUUGAGCCUUUGUACAAUGAUAGCAGUGAUGAUGACACUGACUCAACGAUUGGGAAAGGUACUUGGAGAUCGACCGAUAGCGUUGGUAGUAACAAUGUACCAUACCAUGCUCCUAAAUAUGCUACUCCAUCUUUAAGUACUGUUGAGCCUUUGUACAAUGAUGAGCCGCAAGAGCAACCAAAGCAGCUGAUGUUGCAGUUGCAGGGCAAACAAAAGGUGAUAAAUAAGCAGAAAAGCGAAUGCGAGUGGAAAAGGGCUGAAGACUCGAUCAAGAAGGCUCCAUCCACCUAUGCAGUGAAGCAAAGCUGGAUUGUUCUUGAGGAGAUAAGUCAGAGGAAGUCACGGUGGAUCUAUCUCAAGAACAUCGUUGGCCUCUUACUGUUCAUCAUCUUCAUCAUUGGUUGGAUUAUUCUGCUUGGUUAGAUUAUCUAACUUAGAUGGAUCAAAUCCGGUUCUUGCUCACAAGUUUCCUACUUUCUUUCUUGUUUUCUUUCUUUUUUGGGUUUCUUCAUCUGUUUUCUAGCUAGGAAAAGUCCGUACUUGUGCCAUAAGAGAGGAAAAAAAGAGCGGUAAAAUAGAUAUAUAUAUAAGAGAAAAAAAAAAAGAAAAGGGAGGUACAAAAAAAUGUAUAUGUAAGAGAGAAAAAAGAAAAGAGAG